GCACCACAGAGCCUCUUGGACAACCACAGGAGUAAUGUACCCAUCCACUGGACACCUGCUGCUUCUGUUCCCGUUUAUUUUACGGUCAUUCCUCGCUGUAUUUAUUUUUAGCCUCAACAUUUUAAAGCCAUUCCAUAGUGUACAGGAGCUCUUCUGCCAGAGGGAUCUGCGGUCUCUGAAGAGCUAAAUGGACAACAUGCCUCCUACAGCAGUGACCACUUAGCAUCAAGUAGCAUUGACUGCUUUUAAAGUGGAAUAGCUGUUAGCAACCACUGGGAUAAAAUAUGUCCACUGUUGCUUGGUUUCAGGAAAUCGAUGCAGCCAUAGAGCGCCGGUUGCACUGACAUCUCUCUGGUUUUUAACCUCAACUGCUCCUCUUUGGAUUAUGACAGACGAGCAGGUGCAGCUGAGGGAAACGAGUGGAUUCAAGACCACGGUCUCCGGUCGUUCUUUCAAUUAAACUGGACAGCAGCACAACAUUGUAAGAACAUUUUUUGAUGCAAGUUUUAUCCUCGAGUCCUCUUUCAAUAUUAUCUGAGAGUGUUCAAAAGUUUCACACAGACAUAAACAGAAGCAAAUGAGUGAUUAAGACAUGAACUUAACUACCGGACUAUCUCUUACCACUUCGAAAUUAAUUCCAACCACAUUAAUGGACUGUAUAAUUUUCCAAGUCACAUUUAUAAAUCAACAUUAAAAAGUCUACCAAUAAACUGGCAUGUCCUCAUUAGAGUCACUUUCCUAGAGAGGACACAAAUUAUAAAUGUCACUGAAGAAAUCAACUGGCCAGAGUCUUAAUUGCUUAUCUAAUUGCUAUCAUUAUGAGAGUACCAGCUGUCUUAAUGGAGUGUGAUCAAGCCUGUGAUUAAUAAUGUUUAAGACGUGAACUGGAGCCAGCAGAUGCAUCGCCAAGACACUGCUUAAACACUGCACUCCUAACAUCAACAAGCAUUUAGAUGAAUAACUCAAUAGGCUUUUUCAGAGACUGCAUGGAGACUUUAGAGCUGUACGUUAACAACACAGAACUUAACAGAAGGAAUGAGGGUCUGGUCAAAGUUUUGGUGCCCAUUCUGGACGGGUUUAUUCUGGUGACUGGUCUGGUGGGACACAUUUUGGUCAUCAUCAUCCUCACCAGCAGGAGGAAGAGAGACAGUCAGCCGCCGCAUGGUACGGACACGCUGCUGCUGGCUUUGAGCACCGCUGACCUGCUGCUGCUGCUCUGCCUGCCCUUCCACACCUCGGCCAUCGCUCUGGGCUGCUGGCCUUUCGGCAGCUUUAUGUGCAAGGUCAUCAGCUUCAUGGGCGUGGCCUGCUCAACCGCCUCAGUCUUCACGCUGGCAGCUCUGGCUAUGACUCGCUACCUCACAGUGGUGCACCCCACCUGGGCGUACCGUUCCAGGAGACACCGGUACAUAAAGCUGACUGUGGCUCUGCUGUGGGUCCCUGCAUCAGCGUUGGCGGCGCCGCAGUUCGCUUUCCGUACAGUGACAGUGUCCAGCGUCGUGUACUGCUUUGCUUUCCUCUCCAACUUCAGUCAGCUCUUCUACAGCACUGCUUUGUUUAUGUUCGGUUUUGCUCUACCUCUGGGCAUCAUCGUGCUCAUGUACACCAAGAUCUACUGCUUUCUACGACAUGCGCGGCUGCUCGGGAAAGCCCCCCAGCUGGAGCGCUACCAGAAGCAGGUCACUCACACAUCGGCUCUGAUCGUCCUGGUCUUCACUCUCCUCUGGCUGCCCUCCUACGCCCUCAUGUUCUCUUUUAUUGGGGGAACCAUAUCGGGCUCACCUGGCUACAGCACCAUUGCUCUCCUUGCUAGAUUACUGGCGUCCUCAGCAGCUGUGGUGAACCCCGUGCUGUACGCCUUCAUGUCUCAAAAGUUUAGACGAGAAUUCCUGAAGCUGGGGAGGGAGCGCUGGGCCUGGUGCAAAGGCUGCCUGACCGGCUGCUCCCAUUGGAUGAGCAGGGACAUGGUGCGGCCCUUUGACAUGGACACCUCAGAAAGAAGCCAAAACUGAAAAAAUGCCUGUGGAGAUGAUACCGCUACCUCAUUACUACUCCUACUAAUAUAUGAACUACAGUAACACUGCAUGUGAACAUGUAUGCAAGACUGCAUGAAAUACUCCAAUUCAUAUUUUAAUUUAAAACAAUAUAUUACACUAUUGGUUUUAAUUAUUAGCCGACUAAAGCUAAUACACACUCAUCAGUUUGAGGAAGGUUACUUUCCAGUGUAGCUGUUACGCUGUUAAAAUAUAGUAUCUAACUGUAAUUUAUUAACUUUUGUAACCGACAUUCAUCUGUAUUCAUCUAUUUCAUUCAUAAAUAUGCCAUAAUAAUUUAUUUCUGCUUGGUGAAAUAAUGCAAAGUCAUAGCAUUAAUGUUAGAUUUUACAUAAAUGCUUUUUCCUGAAACCAAUUUGACUUGAUUAUUAAUUGUAAUUUAAUUAUUGUAUAUAUAUUUUGGACAGUAGCAGAUUACAAUUACAUUUAUUUUGUAAUCUAAUUGCAUAGUACUGCAACCUGUAAAAAAGUUACUCAACACUGGAAAACUGUACUUCACUAAUGUCAUCUGGUCUUAUUCCUGUUUCCACUAGAGUAAAUUGUGUAGUUGAUGGAUGACAAACUCAUCUUAAGUGGAAA